GGAUUCCUAUCAUCAUGAAGGCCCUUGUGCUUUCAGAGAUGAAAAUGACUCCUCUCCUCUUUGUUCCAGGAUACCCGUGCUCUCUCGUACGUGGCAAGAGCUCCAGCAGAGCGGUGGAAAGAUGGGUGUGAAAACCUUCACUCACAACUCCCCUGCGCACAGCCAGGAGAUGCUGGGCAAGCUCAACAUGCUCCGCAACGACGGCCACUUCUGCGACAUCACCAUCCGCGUCCAGGACAAGAUCUUCCGCGCUCACAAGGUGGUUUUGGCGGCCUGCAGUGAUUUCUUCCGUUCCAAACUCGUUGGCCAAGCAGAAGAUGAGAGCAAGAGCGUGUUAGACCUGCACCACGUGACGGUCACUGGAUUUAUCCCUCUCCUGGAAUACGCUUACACAGCAACGCUGUCUAUUAACACGGAAAACAUCAUCGACGUGUUGGCCGCGGCCAGCUACAUGCAGAUGUUCAGCGUGGCUAGCACGUGCUCCGAGUUCAUGAAGUCCAGCAUUCUCUGGAAUACUCCCAACAGCCAGCAGGAGAAGGUGCUGGAUGCAGGGCAGGAGAACAGUGCAAACUGCAAUUUCACCUCUCGGGAUGGCAGCCUUUCUCCUGUGUCCUCCGAGUGCAGCGUGGUGGAAAGGACCAUCCCCGUGUGCCGCGAGUCGCGGAGGAAGCGCAAAAGCUACAUCGUGAUGUCCCCAGAGAGCCCCAUUAAGUGUAACACACAAACAAGUUCCCCCCAAGUGCUGAACCCUUCAACUUCCUACCCGGAGUCCAGAAAUCAGCCUGUGGACUCAUCCCUAGCUUUCCCCUGGACUUUUCCUUUUGGAAUUGAUCGAAGACUCCAGUCUGAGAAGGUGAAGCAGGCGGAGAACUCGAGGACUUUGGAAAUGCCUGGGCCCUCCGAGGCCAACAGGAGAAUUACAGAUUAUGUGACUUGUGAGAGCACAAAAGCCAGUUCUCCCCUGGUCAUUGAGGAAGACGUGCGUGUCAAAGUGGAAAGGUUAAGUGAUGAGGAGGUUCAUGAGGAAGUAUCACAGCCUGUUAGCGCAUCCCAGAGCUCCCUAAGCGAUCAACAGACAGUCCCAGGAAGUGAACAAGUGCAGGAGGAUCUUCUGAUCAGCCCACAGUCUUCCUCUAUAGGCUCAAUAGAUGAGGGCGUCACGGAGGGACUACCCACACUCCAAAGUACCUCCGGCACGAACGCUCACGCAGAUGAUGAUGAUCGUUUGGAGAACGUUCAGUAUCCCUACCAACUCUACAUUGCUCCUUCUACCAGCAGCACAGAGAGACCCAGCCCCAAUGGUCCAGACAGACCUUUUCAGUGUCCAACCUGCGGGGUCCGCUUCACUCGCAUUCAGAACUUAAAACAACACAUGCUUAUCCACUCAGGCAUUAAACCCUUUCAGUGCGACCGCUGUGGGAAAAAGUUCACCCGCGCUUACUCGCUCAAGAUGCAUCGCCUGAAGCACGAAGGUAAACGCUGUUUCCGGUGCCAGAUAUGUAGUGCCACUUUCACUUCCUUCGGGGAAUAUAAACACCACAUGCGGGUUUCCCGGCACAUUAUCCGCAAGCCUCGGAUUUACGAGUGCAAAACAUGUGGCGCCAUGUUCACCAACUCUGGGAAUUUAAUCGUUCACCUGAGGAGCUUGAACCAUGAAGCGUCAGAGCUAGCAAACUACUUCCAGAGCAGGUCUAUGGGAAUCCUUUGUGAUUCCUGUGGUUAAGAAGUACUUCACACACAAAUGCAUUUCCAGCCUGCACAGAGGCCCCAAUCAAAGGUGGACAUCAUCUUCUGUCAGAAUCUGGUAAUUUCACCCUUUUAGGUGCUUUGCUAAACAGGGUGAGGAGUUGCACACAGUAUGGACAUACCUGGAUUAAACUUUUGUAUCAGAAGGCAAACUGCUUUCCCAAUACCAAAGAGAAGGGGAGGGGGGGGAAGACUUUGUAGCUCUAACAUGUUCUUCCUUGAAAAGAGAAGUUAUCAUUAACUGCUAACAGCUUGGCACAAGGCAAGCCAUGGGUUUCAUCUUCAUUGCACUGAGUUACCAUAGCAUCCCAGGCUGGGCUGGGCUGGAAGGGACCUUAAAGCUCAUCCAGUUCCAACCCCUUGUCAUGGGCAGGGACACCUUCCAAUAGAGCAGCUUGCUCCAAGCCCAUGUGUCCAACCUGGCAUUAUCUUUUCAACCCUGUGGUCUCAGUUUAAUUCUCACUUUUCAAUCUGAUUCAGCUGCAGGAACAAGAGAGUUUAUCUGGUUUAGGCUUGGGUUCACUUGUUCGUAUUCCUGUGUGUAAUUGUUUCUUGUUAACAGCUCUUUUCUCCAUUGAAGCAACCACACCUGAAAUACAAAUAUCACUUUAUUUCUCCUCCCUUAACUUGUUGGAAGUGCUCAGUCCUUUGAAAUGCUGGUGUUCUUCACAGGAGAGAUGUAAAACAUAGGACAUCUUAAACCGGUCCCCCUUUCUAAUAUGCUUAGAUUCCAAAUUGGGCGAGAUGGAGAUCUCACUAAGCUGGAAGAAACUUGCCUUAAACUACACUUGGGUUUAAACCUAAAGCAUAAGUUUCUUUCAGCCUGUUACCAGAGGGGGUUGGACUCUGGACUGCUUUUUCUUCUUUUCUCUCCUUUCUUUUUCUUCUUUCCCUUUUGUUCUUUCUCUUGUUUUCUGUUUAUUUUUUCUGGGGGUUUUCUUCCCCCCUCAAAAACCCCAACCAUUAUUCGAUAUGCAUUCAUAUUUCUGCUUGCCAGGGAUCCCAGAAUGCCACAGGAGUUGAACUGGAAGGGACUUGGAGGGGAUCUUCAAUCCCUGCACUCCAAACAGAGUCAGCACAAGAGGUUGCUCAGUCCAGGCAGAUAAGUAUCAGCCAAAGUGGAUGUUGCCCAGCUUCUCUAGGGAGCCUGUUCCUGUGUCUGGCCAACCUCACCCUCAAAAGGGGUCAGUAUCUUUAGGUGGCAUUGCUUGUAUUGCAGCCUGCACCCACUGAGAAAGGCCUGGCUCCAUCUUUGUCCCUUCCCAUCCUUUGGUUCUGAACAUUGCUAAGGCAGACAAACCAGAUCACUCUCAGCCUCUAUCCCUCCACUCCCUUCAUCUUCUUUUAAGUUACAAGUGGUUUAGUUCCAAACAGCUCCACAUGCGACCUGCUGCAGCCGUUUCUUUGUUGUUGAGUGGUCCCCAAAUCCAUCCACAGAGCGAUUUCUGUCCUGCUUUUGCGUGUCCUUCUCCCACGUGGCACCAGUCUUUGCACUCGGUAGCGAACCCUUUCCUCCCCUGUUCAUUUUGCAAGCAGAGUGCCUUCACUACACCAGAACUAGCAAGGUUCUGCCCUAUGCCAGGGAUCUGGAUCCUCGGAGUCCGUGCAGGGUCUUUACUCCUUGUGUAUCCUGUAGAGCAGUACAUCUGAUGGGAACAACGGGAAAGGAAGGGAUAGGCUUUGUUCCUGAUUUAAUGUGGUGUUUUGGGAGAGGGGGGAAAACUCAGAAGCUUUUUCUUUCCCCACAAAGAGUGGAAGAAAAAGAAGCCACGUUUUAACUGUGCGAGAGGUUUGGCUGAGGCGUGAGGGUUUGGUUUGGUUUUCCAUGCAGAGACUGGAAAUCCAUAGGGACACCUACACUUGUAGCCACUGAAGCUCCUGGCCAGAACUGCUUUUGUCACUGUUCUUAACACUGCAUUAAACAAGACGUGUGUUGGAGUUUGAGUUCAGUUGUCAGGCUCGCAGAUACUAUGGUCAAGUCUCUCAUAGUGAGAGAUUAGUAAACUAAGUUAUGGGAAAUGGUUCUGGGUUCACAUGUAUCUUGAGUCAAAAAGGUGUGAAUUUAGGCUUUUUAAAAGAAGUAAUAGCUGCCAAUGCAGUCAAAUAUAUUUUGUAAGACUAUGAUCCCUAUAUGUCCCUUCUGGGAUAAAAUGUUCCUGUUUUUAAGCUAUGGUUUCAAGUUUUUAUAUGAGGGCUUCAGUCGUUUCUUGGUUGCUGGCUUUCCCCUCCAGCCCCAGGACAUAAGAGCACUGAGACUAUUACUGGUCUCUCUCUGAGAGGAACCAGGAAGCAUUUUAUAUGCAAAUAGAAGGGGAGCUUUGUGCACCCUGCAGGGAUGGAGAAACUGGGGCUGUAGGAGCGCCCGUUGCUCCUGCGUCCAUUGCAACUUCCACACCGUCAGAAUAUGGGAAAAUAGCUAAUGUUCAUUCAGAUCCAUUAAGUUGGAGUUUUGCUUCCGAGGUGAAGCCCGGUUUUGGAGGGUUCUCAUCUCCAGUUAUGGACAUAAUAAAUUCCAUAGCAUCUCGAUGGCAGGUAAGAGGGUUCAAGGCCGGAUGGAACCUCAUCCCCAUCAGAGGUCCCUAAGAAAUGGAGUCAGUUCCAAAGUAUUGGAGGAAACGUACCAUAAAAGAACCAAAUGUGAAUUACUUUAAUGCAACAGUGCUACUGCUCUGGGUUUUUGUUAACUCAACGUGUGCUAUCACAGUAAUUCAGUGUCCCACAGGUCUCAACCACAACCCUGGUUGCACUAACAACAAAACUGAGCUCCUGGUGCUGUGUGGCAACUGUUAACCUACAGUCUUCCUGAGGGUUGUUGAAGUCCCCAGAGGAGUGAUGUUGUUUCACCAUUCCUUUAGCUGAUGCAUGCUUUUGAUAUCCUGACCUAUAGCCCUGGCUACACCAAGUCCUUGGACAGCUUCUUCGCCCUGUUCCCGCAGUGCCUUCACUUUAAGGUGCUGCCCUAUGGUGAAACCCCUAAGAGGGAAAAGAGGGAAAAAAGAAAACCAACACAAAUGUGAAUUAAAUUAUUGUUGGGCUUCUUUGUGCAUUUUAGUACCAGUGAAACCCCCUUUAACUUGUGCCAGUCUCCAGUCACCAGCCGUAUAUCCCGUUGUCAUCUCAUCCCCAGUACAGCUUCUCUUGUUGAUGCUGGCCACAGCUAGAUUACUUGGCAUGUUUAUUGACUUCCCCGAGCUGGGGGUGUUCUUUUGGGUUUGGUUUUGUUUUUUUAAUGUAUACGAUGUUUAAAUAACACUUCACAUUUUAUAGACUCCUCUCUGGCUAUUAGUAUUUUUCAGGAACCAUAGUUCUUGGUGGCUCUAUCUAUUUUUGUGACUUCUUUUGUAAACCAAGUGCCGUUUCAACGUUACAAUCAUUUUUAGAGUUCUUGUAACCAAUGUGAAUAUCCUGGGUUUUCCAAUCUGUUCUGAGCCUGUAGUGUUUGCUUUGUGAUCAUCUGUGUCAUGUAUAUAUUCUGUAUAGUUACAUUGUAUUGAAAUACUAGCUUGUUUGAUAUAAGAAAAGUAUGUAUUGGGUACCUUUUUGCUAGCCUGGUUGUUUAAUCUUUAAAAAAAAAAUGGUCUAAAAUACAAAAAAAAAAAGCCAAACUGGUCCCAUUAUAGGUCAAAAUUAAGGGGGGAGAAAAACUAGUUUUGAGUGUCUUUGGAUAGAAACAUGAAGCUAAGAUUUUUCAUUAAAAUAUUAAUGUUUUAUGGAGUA